GGCAGCAACAUCAUGCGCAUCGCAGUCGUCGGCUGCAGCCAUGGCGAACUUGAUGCAAUGUAUGCAACGAUCGAACAUAUCAACUCGUUGGACUCAUCGAAUCCCGUGCAGCUCUUGCUCUGCUGCGGCGAUUUCCAAAGCUUCCGCAACCAAGCCGACGUGGAAUGCAUGGCGUGUCCACCCAAGUACAGAGCCCUCGGUGCCUUCCACCAAUACUAUACAGGAGCCAAGGUUGCCCCCGUGCUCACCAUCUUCAUUGGCGGCAACCACGAAGCGUCCAACUACCUCCAGGAUCUGUACUACGGCGGCUACGUCGCGCCAAACAUCUUUUACCUCGGGUGUGCGGGCGUGGUCAACGUGAACGGGUUGCGCAUUGCCGGACUCUCGGGUAUUUACAAGCCCCAUGACUACACCCACGGCCACUUUGAGCGGUAUCCAUACGACGACAGCACCAUGCGCAGCAUCUACCACGUGCGGGAGUUCCAAGUGUACCAACUCGCGCAUCUCAAAGCAACCCCCGUGGACAUCUUCCUCUCACACGACUGGCCGCGGGGGAUUGAGCGGUAUGGCCGCACAGACGUCUUGCUGCGUAAGAAGCCAUUCCUCCGCGACGAAAUCUCCCGCGGCGCGUUCGGAUCGCCGCCCAACGAGUUCCUCCUGCACACGAUCCAGCCUCGGCACUGGUUCUCGGGGCACAUGCACGUCAAGUUCGCGGCGGUGGUACCACACCUUCCCGGCGCCAACACGACCAAGUUCCUUGCCCUGGACAAAUGCCUCCCGAACCGGGACUUUCUCCAGGUGGUGGACAUCCCCGCGCCGGUCGAAGCGCCGACGGCGACGCUGACGGCAGACGUUCCGUGGCUCGCGGUGCUGCGGGCGACGCACCACGAGGCGUCUUGUGACCGCCGUCGGUCGCGAGUGCCCGAGCAAGACAUGGAGAUCACGCAGGACGACCUGGCGUGGAUCCAAAGCCGCCUGCCGUUAAACACUGGGGGAUGGCUGCAUCCAUUUGCCCCCACGAGCCGACCUGGCAACCCUCAGACGGACGCCUUAUUGGACUUGCUGCGACUGCCACAUGUGGUCACGACGCCGUACACGACGACGGAAGUACAAGCCAAGGAAACCCCGGCGGCGGACGACCCGAAUGCGAUUGAUAUUGACGCCAUCCCUGCCGCGCCAGCAACAGUCGACUCUAACGAAAUCGACAUUGACGACGUCUAGCGCAACCCCCCCCCCCUUCCUCACAACAUCUGUCUGUGUGUCGGCUACGCAUUAGGAAACAUCCAUCGUAGCAACCUUCAUUUGCCAGUGUUGAUCCAGCAUACAGUAUGACAGUGUAUCCAUGUGUUUGUUGGCUGUCGGCAGCUCUUUAUCGUGUUCCUGCAUGUGAAACGCAUAACGUCAUAUAUCAACUCCAUCUCGUCUAAUAGUACAACGACGAUACGAAUACCUAGCAUCGGUAGCUCAUUCCCUUGGCGGCAUUGCCUUGCUUGUUAAUGUGCGAGGAUGUGCGUCGCGUGGUUGAUUCGUGUGGUGACGGUGGCCAGCGCUACGUCAAUGAGCGCGUUGAGCUUGUCGGUGGCUUGGUCGUCGGUCAAGUCCAACAUCAACGACGUCGCGAGCCACGGAAUCGUGUCGGGCGUGAGCUCUGGGAUGCCCGAGCUCAGGGCCAGCUGCAGCAGCGUGAUCAGGAGCGACGCAUUCGCCCUUAGGACUGCAAACGCCGCGACGCAUUUCGCCCGGAACGUGUCGAAGCGGUCCCCCAUCGCGUGCACCAUGGCCGGCGUGAGCACAAACGGCGCGCGCUCCCGCUUGUACCCGCAGUACGUCUUGAAGUGGCCAAGAAAGUGCCCAAAGUCAAUGUGCAGGAACCGCCCCGAUUCGGUCAGCAUCAGGUUGUCGUUGUGCCGGUCGCCAACGCCCAGCACGUACGUGGCGACGCAGUACCCGGCGCACGACACGACAAACGUCGCCGUGGCGUCGUCCCCCGCCGACUUGUGCGCGAGCCAGUCGGUGAGCACCGCCUUGCCCCACAUGGCAGUCUUGAUAGCCGCCGCUUUGCGCACCCGCCUGCUGGUCCGGUGCCGGUGCCGGUCCCAGCAAAUGCUGGCCAGCGUCGACGCUUGAUCCACCACUUGGAUGAACCCGAUGUUGUGCCCCGUCGACACGCAUGCAUAUGCAGACACUUUGAGGUCCAAACCCGCCGACUUCCACAGGUCGUCCAUCACGCGGAGUAGCUGGAGCGUGAGUUGGUCCUGGCGCAGAUCGUCGCCGCACUUGAAGAUCGUGUUGUGGCAUAUCGAGUUGGACGGGGCUGGUAGCGGCUGCAGAGGUUUCAUGGGGACGAGGCACAGGAAGAGUGGCUUCUUGGCCGAAUCCAUCACGCGGCACUGCGCCGGCACAAACGACGUGUAAAACACGGUCGGGUGCAGCGGCAGCUAUCCAAUUUCACCGUCGUC